GUAUCUCAUACACUACAGUCUCCUGACUUCUCUUGUUAAGAUGGCGUAUUUCGGCAUGAUCGCAUUAUUCUCAGCAGCUCUCUUGGCUUCAGUUGCAGCGGAUGUGAGAAGCCUUUACAGUCAACCUGAGCAAGACCACGACCACGAUCAUGAUCAUGACCAUGACCAUGCUGAAGAGGCGGCCCAUGUGGGGUUACCUGGUUUUGGACCGGUGCAAGUUUCCCCCGAUGGUUCAGUGUCGCAACUUAAUCCUUCAGGCAAUGCCGGCACACCUAUUGUGUUAAACCCUGGUGACGUAAGGACCUCUCCCUUGAACCAGCAAUCUGGCGGUUCUCAGUCGUUCGGGCAACAGUCGGGCAGUGGCGUUUUCGGUCAGCAGUCUGGUGGAUCUUCUCAGUCGUUCGGGCAACAGUCGGGCAGUGGCGUUUUCGGUCAGCAGUCUGGUGGAUCUUCUCAGUCGUUCGGGCAACAGUCGGGCAGUGGCGUUUUCGGUCAGCAAUCUGGAUCGGGCUCCGGCUCUAUUUUCGUUGCAGGUAGCGAUGGUAGCACUGGUGCUCAGCGUGGCUCUGCCAUCGGAGGGUCGGGUCUGGUCACGGAUGCGUUCCCCGGAACAACCGAUCGUCUCAAUGGGCCCGCUUCUGGCUUCGCUGGCGGUUCAGGAGGCAUCUUCAUCACCAACCAAGGCCCCGUCGAUGGUCCCGCCCCUAUCACCAUCACUGUGGAGUCUACUGUAGACGCCUUUUCGACCCUGACCAACCUCUUCUACAACACCGUCCCUGUCACCCUCACAGAGUUCAUAAAGACCACCCUCACCGCCCCAACUUUCCAGCGCGUCACCGCCCCGGUUGACGACAUCGUCCUGGUAUCGCGAGUGCCCGACGUUCGUACGGAGACUAUCACUGUGCUAGAUACCAACACCGGCUACCAGUACGCGACAGAGGUCUCCACGCAGACCUACACUGUCACCCACAAAGCCUAUGACAUCCGCCAGCAGACGGUCACGUCCAUGCUCGUCCAGACGCAAGUGAUCAGGCCUCGCAUAGUGAGCACCCGCAUCGCUACAGAGUACGACACCCAGACCGUCGUCCAGACCGUCACCAACACUAUCUUCGUCAACUCCCCCCUAGUACCCAGGGCAGGACCUGCCCCUCCUACCUUCCUCCCCGUCACCCCCACCCAAGUCUAUGGGCCGCCUUCUAGACUGUAUGGACAACCCUCGUUCUAGAUGGAAAAGUUGUAGAUCUAUAGAUUCUCUUGAACAUAUAUAUUGUAUAGUGAUUUUACGUGUCUGUAAUGGUCGAGAUAUGGUUCGAAGUUUCUUGUACACGUAAUGUACUAUAGUUGCAAUAAAUUGUAGAUGUGAGA